AUGGCUCAAGCCAUAGUCCACCGAUAUCUGUCUUGUGAUUCAUACAACAGGAUCGAGGUGUGGAUCGCGCAAACAAAUGCUGAACUUGCCAGCUCCAGACCAGUUCCCACUUUCAAGCACCCUUCGCCUCAACCCAGCAGGUUUCCUAGGUUCUCGCGAACUCACCUCGCUCACGUCCAAAGCAAGCACCGCCCACCCGACUUUAUAACACGGGGAACGAACCAGGAAGACCUCGAAUCCAACUCCGUUACAGUGAAAGAAGAACGACUUGAUCGGGAAAGCCCAACAGUCUGUGGGUUUUUACUGAAUAUGAACCCUGAUAUUACCACAGAGAAGAGCCAGGAACAGCUGCUGGGUCGUGAGAGUCGGCCGAGACCGUCCAAGCUGGGAUGGUUUGAACAGUCAGUUGCAUCACUGGCAACUGACCUGGCAUCAACUUCCUACACUUCAAACAAGGAUCAUCACGGAUAUGAACGCCGUCCUCGACACAGAACCAAGAACGAUCGAUAUGAGUAUAAGAACAAGAAAGUCGGCGGGAGAAAUUACCGUGUCUCGAAGCGAGUGAAAAGGCCAACCAACGACACCUUCCAUGCUUCCAAUGUACCCUGUGAUCGACUGACAUUGAAUCAUCGGGGUAUCCAGGGAAUUUUCCAAAAGGGAAAGGCAUCAGCCCCUGUCAAAUCCCGUACCAGCGGUCCGAUGCCGGACCUUUUCGGUUUCGACACACCUAUGGCUGCAUGGAACUUGCACCCGGCCCCUAGGCUCGGAUUCUCUGAAAGCGAAUUCCUGCUUGGAAAGUCAGUUUCCGACCGGAUCUCCAGCAGCAGGACCACCUGCGAAUUAGAUGAGGAGAGCGAUAGCGCCGAAUAUCCAACCACAUCUGCACCCAAGCACUCGAAUGCUGUUGCAAACACCCCAUCUACAACGAGAGGCUAUUAUCCCCCACGAUCUUGGGAAAAUGUCAAUCUAACAUCUGAGCUCAAGGGGAAGGAUGGAGUCCUAGCUCUUGAUUUCUCAUCCGACCGAGCCUUGGAGCUGCAUCCCAAGAAGCUCCUUGGUUACUACCUGAACCCCCCAGAGACAGUUGGGACACCAUCAAAACCGAACAUUAGCAUAGAUAAUAAUCAGCAAUGCUACAGCCGACUCGAAGAGGGCGAAGAAUUCCAGAAGCGCAAAUUUCCCUCUCUAUCCUCUGGGUCGAAAAGGAGCACAGCGAAGCUUCCUAGAAGCGCCAAGAAGGUCGAUGCGAUUGAGAAGGAAAGAUGGAUGCCGGAGCAGCUUGCUACAUCCCUUUUACGCGAUGACAUUUCCCUCGAACAGUCCGGAUUGCCUAAUGCGGACUUGGAUUGGCAGCCUGUUUCAGCCUUCGAUAAUUGCAGCAGCUUUGUAGCUGCUACCAAAGAUUUUGAUGACGGUAUGAUUUUGGAUGGAGGGGUGCACGGCGACAAACAAACCUCAAAGGUUCGAAUUGGAAGCGACAGCUGGAUAUCAUCUUCGAUGGUCGAAAUCAGCCUCUUUGGCGAACCGUUGGACUACCUUGGGCAUGAAGCUACAAAAGCCACUGGGGAGUUGGACUACGAGAUAGUGGACUCCACAAUGGCACCCGAAGUCAUGGAUUGCUCAGAUAUGGAGGCUCUAAUGGACAUGGAGGAAUGCGUCACGAAUAUCACCCACGAUACAGACAAAGACUAUAUGGACACCGCUUCGAACAUGAUCGCUGCAAGUUCAGUCACCUGCGACACGAGCACAAGCGGCAUAGAGGAACGUUCUGAACCCUGGCUUGAGUCGAGGGUUCGACGAAGCCCUGGGCCGAUAAGAAUCGGAAACGAAGACUUGAAUAUGGACAUCUUUGAUGGGUUUGGGAGGUUUUGGCAACGACAGAGGUAUUACUGA